AUGGUAUAUGUGGUAUCACCAGAUAACAAGAAGCAUGUUCUUCCCUCUAAGCUUGUCCCUUCCGUUCUUUGGCCCACGGUAAACGAAGGUUCUAUCGCCACCACCGCUCCCAGAGGUUUAAUUGUCGUUGUUAUCCCGGCCACCGCCGCACAGGGUUAUGGGCAGCAACUGUCCUCACAGACUAUGAUCCCCGCUGCCGUUCCAGAGCCAUCUUCAAUCAACGUCACAAUGCUUAACGACACCGGAAGCAACAUGUUGACAGUCUUUGACACAGAUCUGAUCGCUUUGGCCAUUCCUCCAACCUACGGGGGGUUCGGCUCGUACGUCUCAAUGUCGACGGCUGGUGGGCAAGUCCAGCGGCAGCAUAUUGUGGUUGAGGUACAGCUACUCGACUCACAAGGCAAUCCUGUGUCUGACUGGGUUUUGGAGCAUGGCAUUGUCACACCAGCAUCCCUUGGCACCGCCAGACUCUCAGGCGAUGGCAUGAGACAAUACCUUUACUUCGCAACGGCCCCUGGGAACGCACAUCUAUAUGUUGCUGAGAAGAAGAAUGGCAUUGUUCAACAGCUUCCAGUUGUCUAG